AUGUAUCAUGCGAUCACGAAUGCUGGGCUUACCAUUGGAAAUGUUGCCUCCAACGACGUCUCUGUCUUUAUCGGAAUAUCUCCUUCUAUUCUGUCUAACCGUAUCAGCUGGUUUUUUGAUUUCAAAGGGAUCAGUAUCACAAUUGAUACAGCAUGUUGGAGCAGUUUAGUCGCUUUCCACCUCGCUUAUCAGGACCUUAGGUUAGGGAACUCCAACAUUGCUAUUAUUAGUGGCGUGAACCUGAUUGAUGACCCUGAUAUGAUGUACCGCAUGAGUCAUGUGGGAUUUCUAAGCCCUGACAGUAUCUGUUAUAGUCUUAACCAUCGUGCCAAUAGAUAUGCUCGAGGCGAGGGGGUUGGCACUCUGAUUCUUAAAUCCGUUUCGGAUGCAAUUCGAGACGGGGACAUUAUCCGGGCAGUCCAUAUCGGUUCCUGGCUACACACGCCAAGAACAGCUUAUACGCAAUGUCUAUGCCAAGUCAUCGCUGAAAACCGGAAGAAACUAGAUAUUUCGAGGCUCACGGUACGGGGACACCGGUUAGUGAUCUCAUCGAGGCUCGCGCGAUGGGGGACGUUUAGAAGUCACGGAAAGAUUUGA